ACACUUUCGCACUGUCUGUGGUACAGGUGCCAUCGAGUUGUCGGACAGUUUGUGCAACGUUUCGUUUGUGUUGUGACCAUCUUCCGCAAAUAAAUGCGACAAAAUGCGACCGCAAAUAAUCGCGAUUUGCGUUUUGGUGCUUGCUAUGCAGUGCAACUCCGGAAACAAUUUCAGAAAUGGGUAUCAAUUGGAUUAUCGGGAGAUUGCAAGACAGAACAAAAUAACCGAACAAAUUUUACAAAACUACUUGGAAAAACGAUUGUUUCCAAAUAAUCAUCGGCCUUUGAAGGCGCCCACCGUUUGGGAUAUUUUACCGAGAGCGAGGAGGAAACCUAAUAAUAAUAUACAGGAUGUUCUCAAUACUACGGACGAGACACUCGAAAACGGCGAAUCGGAGCGAGUCACGUUCUACAACGACGAAACCAAAGACGAGGACGACUUUCAAGAUUGUCCCAAUUGCAUCGACGACUCGCUACCUUCGGCCAACAGGUGGACUAUGCCUUUACUCAAGCUUGGAGAGAAGAGGUACUAUCUAGGGAUUUUCUUCAAGGCAAACUACUUUCGAGCCACGCAGUAUUGCAGAUUUCACGGUAUGCAUCUAGCCAGUAUAACAUCGCAGGAGGAAAACGACAAAUUAGAGAAAUACAUCAAAGAUUUCGGCCUCGGUCAUGAGCAUUUCUGGACUUCUGGCACGGAUUUGGCCGAAGAAGGCCACUUUUUCUGGAUGUCCACUGGCCGUCCCAUCACCUUCACCAACUGGAACGCCGGCGAGCCCAACAAUUUCCAAUAUGAAAACGGCGAGGAGGAAAACUGUUUGGAAUUAUGGAAUCGUGACGGCAAAGGCCUGAAAUGGAACGACUCGCCGUGCUCGUUCGAAACGUACUUUGUCUGUGAAGUGCACCAAUGAAAGUGAUACACGUUUUUAUUAGUGAUUUGUGUUGAAAUUCGGCCUGGGACUUGAGAGAAAGACGGGCCUGGACUGAAGUGCGACUAGGAUGUAGAUAUUUAAUUUUUUUACCGAUUUUAUUAGAGUUCGUAACCUAAGUCAUAAUUCUGCAAUGUAUGAUUGUACAAAGUCGAAUAAAAAUAUUUAAUAAU